AUAACCUAUUCUACCUCAACCCCACCCCAUACUUCAAAACCGUACACUAUGUCAUUUCCUGUUGACCUGGACCACGUUAUCAGCGCAGCACAGACAGACUGAAGGAAAACCAACAAGAGAAUAACACCAUUGACUUGUGAGGUGAACCUAAAAAGCUUCCAUAAAGUCAAGAGUGUUCGCACCAACACCCAUGUCUGAAGUCUGCAAGCUCCAAAUAUGACUCGAAACAUGAGUCAUAAAGCCGAAAUAGCCUUGAAUUAACAGCCCUUCACUUCAUACUCACGCCUCUGUCAGUGUUGCCAUGUCAAUGAUUAAAAACACAGCAGCGCUGACAAGUUCUCCUCACCGUUUCUCUUUUUUUAUUUUCUGCUUCCUCAUUUCUCAGUUUUUCCAGCUUUGGACAAUUGUUCCUUCGCUUGGUGACUGACUGUAAAUACAAUGAUGGUUUAAUAUGCAGUUAAAUAUUGUAAACCACUCGGGACUGCUGUUUGUACGCUCGCACACCCCUCCUGCUCACUUCCACUCAGCCACGCUCAAACCCGUCGAGCAGCACAAAUCUGGGCACAUUUUUUUCCUCCCACAACAGCAGUAACAGUUACAGGUCUGAAGUAUGGGGCUGAGGCGUCCUGGAUUAAACCAGAAACAGAGAGAGAUGAUACUUUUUUACUAAAGUGAAUUAUUCCCAGAGCUCAGAGGAGGAGUCGUCGAGGGAUUAUUGUGUUCUCUGAUGAUCUCAUGAUGACUGUAUACGGACCCUGAUUUCCUGUUUGCACUGAACACCAGCCACAUAACAGGUUUGGAAUUAUCAGAAGUGGACCACUAUGUCACUUUCACAGCAGGUUCUGGUGAAUUAUGAAUACAAAUACACUGCUCGAGAUGGCAGAGAGGUGUCCAUCAAACCCAACGAGCACUACAUCCUAGUAGCCAAGACCAAUGAAACCUGGUGGCACGUUCGGAGGGAUGAGACCGACAAGCCUUUUUUCAUCCCAGCAACCUAUGUGACCGAACUCCCACCUGAGACCAACCAAACUCCACUGGACCCUCCGGAAGAGUUUAGUGGAAGUGAAUACCUCAAGUCCAACUCAGAGACAGCUCCUGAUAGUCUUCCCACCAUCAUUGAGCCCGCUGAGGUCACACUCCGAGUCCCUGCCUCUAUAAAACGAGACACGGAGAAGGAUGGUCAUAGAAUAUCAACAUAUAUUAUUCCAAAGGAAUUCUUUGAACCGAAAGGUUUGGAUCCAGAUCCCAUAAAGACUGAAGCAGAGGCCGGUCCUGUGCCUGAACUCCAGAUCUAUGACACCAUUAAAGACAAUGAUGUUGUCUUUAAUGGUGUCCCUGCUCCUCCAACUAAUGGGGAAACACCACCCUCUAUCAUACUGCCACCUCUCCAUACAGUUAACACACCUCAAUCCCCUAAAAUGGAGAUAAAAUCAACUGUAAAUGCAACAGAAAGGCCUCGGGUGGACUCGAAGGCCCUGGAUCAAGAUAUUCAGAUGCUCAAUAGAGCUGGCUGGGGUGACGUCUGGAAUGGCAUGAAUAAAGACGAGAAUGUGUAUGAGAGUUUGGAUACAGCAAGAGAACCAGAAUCCUCAAUAGCCGAAGAAAAUAUGACUGUAAAGCCUGUCACACCAGAUAAGAAUAUGACGUUUCUCAGGAGAGGUGUGUCCUCGUACAGGCCUCUCUCGAGGCUAAAG